GGUGAGGAAUCAGAAAGGUAAAAAUUGUAUCUAAUUAUGAGAUUCCUUAAAUUUGAAUUAGCCAUAUGGAAGUAAGAAAAGUGGAAAACCACCAUUACAGAACAAUGAGAAAGAGGGGAAAAAAGAGCGAGCUGUGGUGGACAAGGUGUUUUUAUCAAGGCUUACACAGAUUCUGAAAAUCUUGGUCCCUCGAACAUUCUGUAAAGAGACAGGUUACUUGAUACUUAUUGCUGUUAUGCUGGUGUCUCGAACAUAUUGUGAUGUUUGGAUGAUCCAAAAUGGGACACUCAUUGAAAGUGGUAUCAUUGGUCGUAGCAGAAAAGAUUUCAAGAGAUACUUAUUCAACUUCAUCGCUGCCAUGCCUCUCAUCUCUCUGGUUAAUAACUUCUUGAAGUAUGGGCUAAAUGAACUUAAACUGUGCUUCCGAGUAAGGCUCACUAAAUACCUCUAUGAGGAGUAUCUUCAAGCCUUCACAUAUUAUAAAAUGGGAAAUCUGGACAACAGAAUAGCUAAUCCAGACCAGCUGCUUACACAAGAUGUAGAAAAAUUUUGUAACAGUGUAGUUGAUCUGUAUUCAAAUCUUAGUAAGCCAUUUUUAGACAUAGUUUUGUAUAUCUUUAAGUUAACGAGUGCAAUUGGAGCUCAGGGCCCAGCAAGCAUGAUGGCCUACUUGGUUGUUUCUGGGUUGUUCCUAACUCGACUUAGAAGACCUAUUGGUAAGAUGACAAUAACUGAACAGAAGUAUGAAGGAGAAUAUAGAUACGUUAAUUCCCGGCUCAUCACAAAUAGUGAAGAAAUUGCCUUUUACAAUGGGAAUAAAAGAGAAAAGCAGACAAUCCAUUCAGUCUUCCGAAAACUGGUGGAACACCUACAUAAUUUCAUUUUGUUUCGGUUCUCUAUGGGCUUCAUUGAUAGCAUAAUUGCCAAAUACCUUGCCACUGUAGUGGGUUACCUGGUUGUCAGCCGUCCUUUCUUAGAUUUGUCUCAUCCUCGACAUCUCAAAAGUUCACAUUCAGAACUUUUGGAGGAUUACUACCAGAGUGGAAGAAUGCUUUUGCGAAUGUCUCAAGCCCUGGGUCGAAUAGUUCUGGCUGGGCGUGAAAUGACUAGAUUGGCUGGUUUUACUGCUCGGAUUACAGAAUUAAUGCAAGUACUGAAGGAUUUAAAUCACGGCAAGUACGAGCGCACGAUGGUCUCAACCCAGGAGAAGGGUGUUGAAGGUGUACAAGUCAUUCCCUUGAUACCUGGUGCGGGAGAAGUCAUUAAUGCAGAUAACAUUAUAAAGUUUGAUCAUGUUCCUUUAGCUACACCAAAUGGAGAUGUUUUGAUCCGAGACCUUAAUUUCGAAGUUCGAUCUGGCGCCAAUGUUUUAAUUUGUGGUCCAAAUGGCUGUGGAAAGAGUUCACUUUUCCGUGUUCUUGGUGAAUUAUGGCCUCUUUUUGGAGGACGUCUAACUAAACCUGAGAGAGGAAAGUUAUUUUAUGUUCCUCAGAGACCUUAUAUGACCCUUGGAACACUUCGGGACCAAGUGAUCUAUCCUGAUGGACGGGAAGAUCAGAAAAAGAAGGGGAUAUCUGACCUGGUACUGAAGGAAUACUUAGACAAUGUCCAGUUGGGUCAUAUCUUUGAACGUGAAGGAGGCUGGGACAGUGUUCAGGACUGGAUGGACGUACUUAGUGGAGGAGAAAAGCAAAGAAUGGCGAUGGCAAGGCUGUUUUACCAUAAACCCCAGUUCGCCAUCUUGGAUGAGUGCACGAGUGCGGUCAGUGUGGAUGUGGAGGGCUACAUUUACAGCCACUGCAGAAAGGUUGGCAUCACCCUCUUUACUGUGUCACAUAGAAAAUCUCUUUGGAAGCACCAUGAGUACUACCUGCAUAUGGAUGGCCGAGGCAAUUAUGAAUUCAAACAGAUAACAGAAGAUACAGUUGAGUUUGGCUCUUAGAGAACUCUGGAGAACUGUACCUGCUUCAAUGAAAUCAUAACAGAGUACACUUAGAAAUACAAAGUACAUUGUCAAAUAAAGUGGAGCUUGUUUUUUUAAAAACAAAGCAACAAAUUAACUAGAUUUAGAAUAAUCAAGAACAAGUUGUUAAAACAUUUAAUAUUAUAUAGGAUAUUGCUAAUUGUGUAUAUGUUGGUUUAAUUAUUAAUAUGUACUAAGAAUGUCCUUAUUCUUGUGGUUGAAAACCUGCCUAAAUUAAAUUGGGCUUAAAUCAGUGUAACCUGAUUCAUCCUGGGAUGUAAACCAUUUGAAGUCAGCUAAUUUGACUUUUAUGGCUCUAUCUUUUCCUUCAAGGAAGAACCCUCUUUAAAACUGGGGUCAUCAUUUGUCCUGUUCUAACAAGAGAGUCUUGAGUUUCAUCUUCCUGUGCCACUUGGAGUGGGAAACAAGCCGUAAUGUAUUGUUAAAAUGUGUAACAUCACUGCAUAAUAGCAUUUAUUAUGCAGGUUUCUUUAGCUGCCAGUUACACUCAUUCCUUGUAUAUGUCUUGGAGUGCACUUGACUCCAGGAAAGCCAUUUGGAUUUUCUUUAGCUACAUGAUAAAUGUGCCCCUCUCCAUCUGCAGUAUUGUGUUCAAGGGUUCUUUGUGAUGGUGUAACAAAAGUAUAAGUACAGUCUUUCUAACAUCGGGGGGUAACUACAUGUCACACCAAAUCUUCCCAAUGUUUGGGAUAUUAAAACACAAAGCCCUUACAUGUCAGGCUUGAGGUCUUAUGAGAGUUUUAGAUUUUUUAAAGAAUUGGGCAGAUGUGUGCCUAUUAGCAGUAUAGUGGCGAUUUGGUGUCAAACUCCAGGUGAGCCAUAGGAAUACACUACAUGAAGUAGUACACGGAGCAUGCAGUGCCAUCACUGUCUCUGACAGUGAUUUUAUGUUUUAAAAAAUAAGCUGUAAAAUUAUGUACAAGGAUGAAUUAUGUUUCCCGGGCACUGGCUUAUCUCUGAAUAUUGAAUAACUUUCUAAUAUUUGGGUUAGAGAAAAUGAUUUCCGCUCACCAGACCACCUUUAAUGACUAAAUGUAUUAUUUGCACAGGGAGAACUGAAACUGAAUAUCAUUGGUAAGCUAGAUAUGAAUUCAGUUUUAUCAAACUGGGCUUCAGAAAGGGCAUUUUAUAUUCUUGUUUCUGCACAACUGGUUUUGUUUUUUUGCAGAAUUAACUGUAACAAUCACCGGCUAUCGAAGUAAAUUUGAUCUACUGAUUCCAUAAUACAUAGCAUUCAAUUUUUACCACUUCUCUGUAGCAAACUUGUAUACCUAUUUUCUGUUCAGAUUAAAAAAAAAUCAGAUAUCCUAUACAGUCUUUGCUUGUUCUUUUUUGUUCUGGAAUUUAAAUACUGAGUAGUUCAGUCUUGACCUGAAAACAUACAUAGUUUAGUCUUGAGUUGAAAAACACAAAAAUAAAUCCAGAAAACACUUUUA